AUGGCCCAGGCCUCGCAGGAACAGGGGGCGAUGGGGACAGCCGAUCCCGAGGAGGACUCGCCCAACAUGAUCGUCUACAGGAAGAUUGAAGACAUAAUCACCCGAAUCCAGGAUGAAACUGACGGCGUGCCCAUCAGAACUGUCAAGAGCUUCAUGUCAAAGAUUCCUAGUGUGGUCACAGGUUCAGACGUUGUUCAGUGGCUAAUGAAGAAUCUCUCUAUCGAGGAUCCCGCGGAGGCCUUGCACAUCGGGAGCCUGAUCGCUGCUCAGGGCUACAUCUUCCCCAUCUCGGACCACGUCCUCACCCUGAAGGAUGACGGCACCUUCUACCGCUUUCAGGCUCCAUACUUUUGGCCGUCGAAUUGCUGGGAGCCGGAAAACACAGAUUACGCCAUUUAUCUGUGUAAAAGGACGAUGCAGAACAAGACUCGGCUGGAGCUAGCAGACUAUGAAGCGGAGAACCUGGCGAGGUUACAGCGAGCGUUCUCCAGGAAGUGGGAGUUCAUCUUCAUGCAGGCUGAAGCUCAGGUUAAGAUUGACAGGAAGAAGGAUAAAACGGAGAGGAAGAUUCUGGACAGUCAGGAGCGAGCGUUCUGGGACGUACACAGGCCAGUGCCCGGCUGUGUCAAUACCACUGAAAUGGACAUCAGGAAGUGUCGCCGCAUGAAAAACCCACAACGAGUCAAGAAGUCAGUGUAUGGUGUGGUAGAAGACACACAGACACAGAGUCCUGUACACACACACACACAGCAAAACAGGAAGGACACUAAGGAGGACGUCGAGAAGGAGAUUUUAUUCCUGAACACUCAGCUGGAUCGACACUGCAUGAAAAUGUCCAAAGUGGCAGAAACGCUGAUGAGCUACACUGAGCAGUACCUGGACUACGACCCAUUUGUGUCUCCCCCGGAGCCUUCCAACCCCUGGAUCAGCGAUGACACCACUUUCUGGGAGAUGGAGGCCAGCAAAGACCCAAGCCAGCAGAGGGUUCGGAAAUGGGGCUUUUCUUUGGACGAGGCUCUGAAGGAUCCGGUUGGCCGUGACCAGUUCCUCAAGUUCUUGGAGUCUGAGUUCAGUUCAGAGAACCUUCAAUUCUGGUUGGCGGUGCAAGAUUUGAAGCGCCGCCCCCUGCAGGAUGUUCCCACUCGAGCUCAGGAGAUCUGGCAGGAGUUUCUGGCUGAAGGUGCUCCGAGCUCCAUAAACCUGGACUCACACAGUUACGAGAGAACCAGCCAGAAUCUCAAAGACCCCGGACGGAACAGCUUUGAGGAUGCACAGGAUCACAUCUACAAGCUGAUGAAGAGUGACAGCUACACCCGGUUCUUACGCUCCAGCGCUUACCAGGACCUCCUGCUUGCCAGAAAGAAGCCUGAAAGUGAGCAGGGACGCCGCACGUCUCUGGAGAAAUUCACCCGCAGCGUGGGUAAGUCUCUGACGGGGAAGCGUCUGACGGGCCUCAUGCAGUCGUCCUGACGAGCCCCGGGCCGUGACUGACCUCGUUAAACCCAGAGGAGGAAACAGAGCAGGCGGCCUGAUGGUGUCCAUCAAUACGGCCGACAC